GGAGCAAUAUUUGGGAGGGAAUCAUUGUCCGAGGAAAAGCAGCAGCUUCAGCUCGUGUACCAUGGGAGACAAGUGAAUCUGAAGUUAUAUAUUAUAUAAGACGUAGGGGGAUGACAGCAGUUUAUCAUUAACCUGAACUCUGCAAGAGGCAUAUAAGGAGAGAAAGAAGAAAGCCAGAGAAGCAGCCAAGAUGGACUCCUCCCAAAAGAUCAACAAUCCUGCGGACAUCUCUGUUAUUGUCAUCUAUUUUCUGGUAGUCCUGGCAGUGGGACUAUGGGCUAUGUACUCAACCAACCGAGGGACAGUAGGUGGAUUCUUCCUGGCUGGACGGAGCAUGGUGUGGUGGCCAAUUGGUGCUUCUCUGUUUGCUAGUAACAUUGGAAGUGGACACUUUGUGGGCCUAGCAGGAACAGGAGCAGCUGGAGGAAUUGCCACCGGAGGAUAUGAGUGGAAUGCUCUGAUAUUUGUGGUUGUCCUAGGGUGGCUGUUUGUACCCAUCUACAUCAAAGCUGGGGUGGUGACAAUGCCAGAGUAUCUGAAGAAGCGUUUUGGUGGCAAACGGAUUCAGAUUUACCUGUCAAUCCUUUCUCUGUUGCUGUAUAUUUUCACAAAGAUCUCAGCAGACAUAUUCUCUGGAGCUGUAUUUAUACAGCUGGCUAUGGGGCUGAAUCUUUAUUUGGCCAUAAUUAUUCUGCUCGCUAUUACUGCUCUUUACACCAUCACAGGUGGCCUUGCAGCUGUGAUUUACACAGACACCCUACAAACGUUUAUCAUGGUAGUGGGAUCCUUUAUUCUCAUGGGAUUUGCUUUUUCCAAAGUAGGAGGGUAUGAAGCUUUCAUGGACAAGUAUAUGGCUGCAAUUCCAUCCAAUAUCUCCUAUGGAAAUAUUACAAUUGAUGCACAGUGCUAUACUCCUCGGAAAGAUUCCUUUCACAUUUUCCGAGAUCCCAUCGAUGGAGAUUUGCCAUGGCCAGGGCUUAUCUUUGGUAUGAGCAUCCUUGCUCUGUGGUACUGGUGCACAGAUCAGGUUAUUGUCCAAAGAUGUCUCUCUGGCAAGAACAUGUCCCAUGUGAAGGCCGGCUGUAUCAUGUGUGGGUACCUGAAGCUCUUGCCCAUGUUUCUUAUGGUGAUGCCUGGAAUGAUUAGCCGAAUUUUGUACACAGAUGUGGUGGCUUGUAUUGUGCCUGAAAUCUGUCAGCAGCACUGUGGCACCCCAGUUGGCUGUACAAAUAUUGCUUAUCCAAAGAUGGUAGUAGAGCUUAUGCCAGACGGUCUGCGGGGUCUGAUGUUGGCAGUCAUGUUGGCCUCCCUUAUGAGCUCCUUGACUUCCAUUUUUAACAGUGCUAGUACUUUGUUCACUAUGGACAUUUACACCAAGAUUCGAACGCGAGCAUCUGAGAAAGAGCUCAUGUUAGCAGGAAGGGCAUUUAUGUUGUUUUUAAUUGCUAUCAGCAUUGCAUGGGUUCCUAUGGUACAGUCAGCUCAAAGUGGGCAGCUCUUUGAUUAUAUUCAGUCGAUCACUAGCUACUUGGGACCCCCAAUUGCUGCUGUCUUCCUCCUUGCUAUCUACUGCAAGCGGGUCAAUGAGCAGGGUGCCUUCUGGGGCCUGAUCAUUGGGCUGGUAAUUGGACUUGCUAGAAUGAUUACAGAGUUUGCCUAUGGAUCUGGCAGCUGUGUGAACCCUUCCAGAUGCCCAUUCAUCAUCUGUGGGAUUCAUUACCUUUACUUUGCAAUAAUUCUUUUUGGGAUCUCCGUCAUCAUCAUCCUGGCAGUGUCUCUAAUGACUAAGCCCAUUCCUGAUGUACACCUUCACCGCUUGUGCUGGACUUUGCGGAACAGCAAAGAGGAACGUAUUGAUCUUGAUGCAGAUGAGGAACAGGAGAAACCUGAUGACAAAGAUGAGGAAUUAGGUAUAGAAGGAAACGAAGAAGAGCCAGGAUGCUUAAAGAAAGCUUACAACUGGUUCUGUGGCUUAGAUCAGCAAAAAGGAUCCAAACUGAGCAAAGAGGAGGAGGAAGCAAUGAAGAAGAAACUGACUGACACGUCAGAAGUGCCACUUUGGAGAAAUGUUGUGAAUAUCAAUGGCAUCAUCCUAUUGACUGUGGCUGUAUUUUGCCAUGCCUUUUUUGCAUAAAGCUCUGAUUACAAUUCUAAAAUUGUACUGUAUUGUUCAGCAAAAAUGAUGACUUGUAAAUUCACAGCAUUAGAUACACUUGGUAUUUUCAUUGUCUAAGUUCGUAAAAAUUAGGAUAAUUCAUUCAUUGGUUUUGUGAUCAUAAUUUCAACAAUCUAAAGAGCAGGGCUACUGGGAUUUUAAGAGAGAGAAUUUCUGUUUAGACAUUGAAUCAGUCCAGGAUCAGUCCUGGUUCACAAUUUCCAUCCAAUAUUCUUUCCUCUCAUAAUGCAUUUCAUAUCUGAGGUGCAGAUGAAGGCUGCAUGAGCCAUAUGAAUCUUAAAGAGUUGAUGAUAUUAGUUUGAUUUUCACCUCUUUUCUGAACAUUCAAAUUUCUUUUUCCUUACGAUAAUUCAAUAACUAAAAAAAUUAACUGAGGGACUGUUCUAUGGAUUCAAGAUAAACAAUCACUUUUGUUCCCUCCAAGCAUAGGAUACCUUCAGUGAAAGUGUAUGUAUUCAGGUAUUUGACACUAUGUCUAUUUUUCUGUUAUCAUUUUUUCCCCUACUCUCACUUUCUCUGACAUAUUUCACUGUGUUGGGUUUCUCAGUGUUCAGUGGAACACUAAACUUCUGUAUUUAUUGGGUUUUGAAAUUAGGCAAAGCAGGUCUUAAUAAUUCUAACAAGAAUUCUGCUUGUGAUAGAUUCUCAGUUUAAGGUAAACUUCAAAAGGUGCCCCUCUCUAUAUAUUUUAAUGUGUAUCUAUACUUGAAUGGGAAGGUUUAUUUAUGCAAAAUACAUACACUAUAUACAUACAUACAAUAUAUUGUGUGUAUGUGUACAUAUAUAUGUGUGUGUGUGUGUGUGUGUAUAUAUAUAUUUUUUUGUGGAGUCAUUUGCAGCUUGGUCCAGCUUGGACCUCUUUUUUGUGGAGAUGGUUUAGACUAUUAUUUAAUUGCCUCUUUCUAUGGACUAUACUAUGUAACAAUCCAUGCACACGGUUACAAAAGCAUUGGAACGCUGGGUUUGCGUUUUUCUGUCAAGUACGUUUAAGAGCGUUACACUGUUUUUCUGCAAAACUACAAAUCUUUCUUCUGAAGGCUUUAUUGAGAAAUAUAAUUCAUACUGUAUGACUAUUAAGUGUGACAGUAUGAGUUAACAGUUCAUGAAGGAGAAUAGGCACAGCUGUGGGAUAUCAGCUAAACUAGUCUUGAUUGUCUUCAAUUGAUUAGGAGGUUUGAAACCAGCUGAAGACACAGGAAAAGAGAGAUGUAAGACUUCCAAAAAACAACAACAACAAAACAAUAGACCUUCUUAUCAUCAAAUUCAGCCUUUCGGGGAAUCAACUAUAAAAGGAAGACAUUAGUUGCUGCAGUCAAGCUACAUAACAAUUCCUUGUUACUAUUGUACAUGGAUCACAGCGUGCUGCAGGGUCUCAAGACCAUUUCAGUGCAGUGUGUUGUCCAGCGAUAUUCUGCAGCAGGAUGCACUGGACUGCAAUAAGCCUCACUAGGAAGCUAAUAUAGUCUUUCUGUAGGAGCUCCACCACAAAGCUGCUAAGUCCUGCAGCUUUCAUCACUGUCACUUUCCAGUCUUCUGACAGUAUAUUUUCUUCUCUUGAAUCUCAAAAAAUUCUCAGAUCUUCAGUAAAAUCCCUGCAGUAUACUGAAAUGUUUUGCAUAGGCCAGAUCAAAUCAAUAUUUUAUAAACACCAGAGCAAACUAUUUUCUUACAAUUAAUACAGUGAUAGAGUAUUUUAAAGACCAUGGAAUUAACUGUAUUUAAUGGACU